UGCCUACUUAUUGCUCUCUGACUUUCCCUUUCUCGCAUCAACAACUCUCGGGUUAAAGGUGCUCUGUCGCGAUGCCUACGCCUGUUGCGAAAGGAAUUAUCAUCACCGUCUCGGCGCUGGUCGCCGCCGGGAUCGCGGUCUACGAGUCGCCGCAGUUCCGCCAGUGGGUGAACAACUCGCGCCGCAAGAUCGCACUAGCUUUGCACAAUCUGGGCGACGAGAUUAACCCGCACGAUGCUCCGCUCAGACAGGAUAUCUCCAUGACCGAGGAAGUGGGCGUAGCAGCCGAAGAACGGCGGCGAAUAGCUCGGGAAGAGCUUGACCGGCGUCGUUCCUUGCUCGAAGAGCGUCGCAAAGGCAUGGCCAGGCCACCGUCAAACAGCUUUGAUACUUUGGUCGAUGAGCAGGGCCGGUUGUUGGAUCUUGCGGAUUCAUCGAGUGAUACACCGUUAGCCAACUCGACUGCCGUGGAAGUGGCGACGUCGCAGCCGGUGCACCGGGGCAAGGGGCCAACCUCGCUUCCUGAAGCAUCUCACGGCCAGACGGAUUUUCACGAAUUAGGUCCACCGCUGCAGCUCAAUAUCCCGUCGCCUCGUGCCGGUUCGCCUUUGCUGGCUGAGUUCACCCCUGUCUCUGAAGCUCCUGACAAAAUGGCCACGUCGCUGCUCUCGUCGUCCCAUGCCGAGGAUGAACACCAUAUUGUCGGAGAUGAUGAGUCGAUCUCUAGCCAUACGGAAGGUCACUCUGAAGUGCUAUAUGCUCAUCCUGGGGACUGGACGACAAACGAAUCCGGGCGCGACUUGAGAUCGCCCUUCUCGGACUUGGCAGAGCUACAGCUUGAAAGGGAGCGCGCCUCGACGCCAUCCACCAGCGAUAGCUACAGCCACAUUUACGAGUCAGCGAUCGACGCAUCAUCCGAUGGCACUUUGAGCGACCUGGGCCGGUCGACUGGCGCGGCCACCCCGGCCAGUUGGUCGGAGGUUGGCAGUGUGAUCAGCAACGACGAGCACGUGCAUCACUUGUAGGCAAAUUGGAAGAACAACUCAGGGUAUCGUAUCAUUAGGCGGAUGGCGCUGGAGGAAAGGUAUUGGCGUUUGCUUCUCUACUUCGAUGGUGUAUGGCUUGGGACAACGGAACUGCCAGGGUCGUACACGCGCCCAUGGCCUUAGCUGUAGAUAAAUUAAUUUCUGGGGAAAAAAAUGGAUCGCUUCGUUUCC